CGCGCCGCCCGGUGGCGGCCGGCUCCGGCGGCGGGGCCCUCCAGCCAGCCUACUUAUAUCACAGCGGCCGCCAGCCGACGCCACUCCAACACGCUCCGCCGUUGCGCGCACCUUAUGAUUUUUCUUUCUGCCAUUCAAGUAUUUUGUUGACGAUUAAGAUGAAGCAAAGUUUGAUUAUAUUGAUUGUUCUGUGUGGUUUCAUCGCUGCCAUGGUUCCCCGGGAUAGGCGAGCUGUUAACACAGAAGAUGAGGAGUUGUUCAAAUCGCAAUCAAGCACGACUGCAUCUGAGACCGCUAAUCAGCCCAUGAUCUGCGCGAAGCAGACUCCCUGCGCCUGGUCUAUCUACAAACCUAUAAGCAAAUAUAUUGAAAUGAAUAUUACAAAUACAUAUUGCAUCUGUUCAGCGACCGAAAACUGUAUUAUUACAUAUGACGAUUCAACAAUAAACGCAUACAUACAUUACUGUAGGCCCGCCAAUCACAAAGAGGACAUAGAUCAGAGUUAGCAAGUGACUCACACGCCCCAAACGCUACUAGCAAGCUGAGAAGGCUUGUUCACACCCACCGCAUUGUCAAUCAGCUAAUAACGGCACCGACGCCGCGACGACUCCGCAUCGGAAGACUGUUCAAAUUUAAACGAUUGCACCGUCAUGUAUUGAUGGUCAUGAAACAUGGUAACUUCAAUAGCUUCCAUUCUGUAUGUAUAAAGUAACUGCGUUUAAUUUGCUGUAUGCAGGAUUGUUUAACAUAAAAUACCAAA